GGGAACGGUUGCUAGGGGUGGGUAAUGGGUAAAAAAAAAGGGGGGGGCACCGGGGAGCGGAUAGGGAGGGGUAAGAGAGGGGGCGAGGGUGGGGAGCAAUGCAAAAGGUAAGGCCAGGUUACCGCGGCUCAGCCCGGAGUGGGCUGCGGCCGGGGGAGGGGCGAGAGAUACAUAUGUAUUUCUGUCUCCCUAGCACACCCCCUUCCCUCUAAGCGAUGGCUGAGAGGCGGUGCAUGCAGAUGGGGAGUAAGUUUCCUGAAGGGGAGGGUGGAUGCACGCGCGCAGCCCCGCGCUGCAAAUUUCCACCGGGAGGGAGAGUGGCUGGAUGGGGAGAGUUUGGAGUUGCUUGUGGCGGAGGGCAGGAAGGGGAGCAGGGCUGGGAAAGGGGGCUGGCAGGCGCUAUAUCUGGGAGUAAGUUUCCAGGAUCGGGAGAGCCUGCACGCUUGCUUGCUACUCUGUUCGUCCCCCCCAUCUCACCCACCAAGCGGAGACUGGUCUUCUUGUCGGAUUGUCCAUGCACUUGUUGCAGAAACAGCCAAGGCCUCGACUCUGCAGGAUGCUGAAGGAGGAAGACAUGGAAGCAGGACAGCCCUGAGAGAUUAAGUCUCAGCCCUGAAACCGGGUCUCCUCUUCCCACUUGCCCAGCAGAAUGAGAGCAGCAUGACUGGCCGGCCACAGGAGAAGCCCCCAGAGCCAGGCCCCCAACUCAGCCAUCUGCUGUGGAGGUCCAGGUGUAAGCAGCAUCCCUUCACCACGGUGGUGUUUGGCCCGUGUCUCCCCCCGGGUGAGGAUGUAAAGCCCCCCACUCGGCACAUGAGUGGAACAGGCCAGCAGCAUCACCUGCCUCCUACCCUGUUCACAAACAUGUCAGCUGUGGAGUAGUGUGGACACGUCCUCUCAGUUUCUCAGGGUUUCAGUCCUUUUGGGUUUGUUUCAUUUACCUUUUUUAUGGUGUCGUGGCUGGACGUUCACAACCACGGCAGGCAUCAUGGGGGACCAGCAGCUGUACAAGACCAACCAUGUGGCCCACGGUAGUGAGAACCUUUUCUACCAGCAGCCACCACUUGGUGUCCACAGUGGGCUGAACCACAGCUAUGGAAAUCCUGUCCCAGGGGCCGGAAUGGAGGCCCCUCAAGCAUCGCCUCUCUCCCCCCACUUCCCUCAAGAUACUCGGGAUGGCCUCGGCUUAUCUGUUGCAUCCAAAAGCCUUGGCCAAGUGGAUUCCUCCAGGCAGGGAGGAUGGGGAGGCCAUGCUGGGCCUGGAAACCACGUCCAGCUGCGUGGCAACUUGGCCAGCUCAAAUAUGAUGUGGGGGGCACCAGCCCAGACAGAACCCACCGAUGGCUACCAGUAUACCUACUCCCAGGCCAGUGAGAUCCGGACCCAGAAGCUCACCAGUGGUGUCCUUCACAAGCUUGACUCUUUCACCCAGGUGUUUGCCAACCAAAACCUGCGGAUUCAGGUCAACAACAUGGCCCAGGUGCUGCACACCCAGUCCACGGUGAUGGACGGAGCCCCUGACAGUGCACUCCGCCAACUGCUAUCCCAGAAGUCCCUGGAGCCCUCAGCACCGGCCAUAUCUUCCCGAUACCAGCAGGUGCCCCAGCAGCCUCACCCUGGUUUCACUGGUGGGCUGUCCAAACCGCCUCUUCCGGUUGGGCAGCACCCUAGCCAAGGGCACCUGUACUAUGACUACCAGCAGCCACUGGCUCAGAUGCCAGUGCAGGGAGGACAGUCACUGCAGGCCCCACAGAUGCUGUCCCAGCACAUGCAGCAGAUGCAGCAGCACCAGUAUUACCCUCAGCAGCAACUGCAGCAAGCUAGCCAACAGCGGAUGUCCAUGCAAGAAAUGCAGCAGCAGCAGCAGCAACAGCAGCAGCUUCGCCAGCCACAGCCUCAGCAGCAACAGCCGCAACAGCAGCUGCAGCAGCGGCAGGGUUCAAUGCAGAUACCUCAGUAUUAUCAGUCCCAACCUAUGAUGCAGCACUUGCAAGAGCAACAACAACAGCAGCAACAGAUGCACCUGCAGCCCCCAACAUAUCACAGGGACCCCCACCAAUACACCCCGGAGCAGGCGCAUGCUGUCCAGCUGAUUCAGCUGGGCUCCAUGCCCCAGUACUACUACCAGGAGCCCCAGCAGCCCUAUAGCCACCCCCUCUACCAGCAGAGCCACCUGCCCCAGCACCAGCAGCGUGAGGACAGUCAGCCCAAGGCCUAUCCAAGUGACAGGCAGGCCCAGGCCAUGCUGACCUCUCACGGGGACCUGGGGCAUCCCGAUACAGGAAUGGCUGACCCAGCAAGCUCAGACCUGAACCGAGUCAGCAGUGUGCUCCCCCAUCGGCCUCUGCUGUCCCCCAGCGGAAUUCACCUCAAUAACAUGGGGCCUCAGCACCAGCAGCUGUCUCCCAGUGCCAUGUGGCCCCAGAUGCACCUAUCUGAUGGCAGAACCCAGACGGGGUCCCCAGAGUCAAGCGCCCAACCAAAAGGAAUGUUUGGGGAACAGUUUGAUGCCAAGAACAAGCUGACAUGCUCCAUCUGCCUAAAGGAGUUCAAGAGCCUGCCUGCCCUGAACGGCCACAUGCGGUCCCAUGGGGGAAUGCGGGCCUCCCCCAGCCUCAAACAGGAGGAAGGAGAGAAGGCCCCGCCACCUCAGCCCCAGCCACCACUGCCGCCUCCGCCUCCGCCACCACCGCAGCUCCCUCCCGAGGCCGAGAGCCUCACGCCUAUGGUCAUGCCCGUGUCUGUCCCUGUCAAGCUUCUCCCGCCCAAGCCCAGCUCGCAGGGCUUCGCCAACAGCGUUGCUGCCACCCCCACGGCCAGAGACAAGCCAGCCAGCUCGAUGUCGGACGACGAGAUGCCCGUGCUCGUGAGGAUGACCCUCUCUCCCCCACACUCACCCCAAGGGGCUGCCCCCCUCACGCCUGCUGAGCCUCCCAGGAAGCAGCAGCCCAGUGCAGCCAAAGUUGAGGACCCCCUCAAGACCGUGCCUGAGAAGAAAAAGUUCCGCCACCGUCCUGAGCCGCUCUUCAUCCCACCGCCACCCUCCUACACCCCGAACCCCGCUGCUGCCACCUCCUUCUCAGGAGCUACGUUGUACCAGAGUCAGCUGCGCUCCCCUCGAGUCCUGGGGGACCACCUACUCCUGGACCCCACACACGAGCUGCCUCCCUACACACCCCCACCUAUGCUGAGCCCUGUGCGCCAGGGCUCAGGGCUCUUCAGCAACGUCCUCAUCUCCGGCCACGGCCCUGGCGCCCACCCCCAGCUGCCCCUCACACCCCUCACGCCCACGCCACGUGUGCUGUUGUGUCGCUCCAACAGCAUCGAUGGCAGCAAUGUGACAGUCACUCCUGGGCCUGGAGAGCAGACCAUUGAUGUUGAACCACGCAUCAACAUUGGCUUGAGAUUCCAAGCAGAGAUUCCAGAACUCCAGGAUGUCUCUGCCCUGGCUCAGGACACACACAAAGCCACGCUGGUAUGGAAGCCCUGGCCGGAACUAGAAAACCAUGACCUCCAGCAAAGAGUGGAGAAUCUCCUGAAUUUAUGCUGUUCAAGUGCAUUGCCAGGUGGAGGGACCAAUUCUGAAUUUGCCUUGCAUUCUCUCUUUGAGGCCAAAGGUGAUGUGAUGGCUGCUCUGGAAAUGCUGCUUCUGCGGAAACCAGUCCGGUUAAAAUGUCAUCCUUUAGCAAAUUACCACUAUGCCGGUUCAGACAAGUGGACCUCCCUCGAAAGAAAACUGUUUAAUAAAGCACUGGCCACUUACAGCAAAGACUUUAUUUUUGUACAGAAAAUGGUAAAGUCUAAGACAGUGGCUCAGUGUGUGGAGUACUACUACACAUGGAAGAAAAUAAUGCGGUUAGGGCGCAAACACCGGACACGCCUCGCGGAGAUCAUCGAUGAUUGUGUGGUGAGUGAAGCUGAGUUGCUGCUUAUGCUGGUCCCACUCCCACACCACACCCAGACAAGUGAAGAAGAAGAAGAGUUAGAGGAUGAGGAGGAGGACCUGGAAGAAGAUAGGAAAUCCACAAGAGAAGAUGAGAGUGAAGUGCCGAAGUCCCCGGAGCCACCGCCAGGCCCUGUUCUGGCUGCCGCAGAGGGGCCACCCCUGCAGGCCCUCAGCCAGCCCUCCGGCUCCUUCAUCUGUGAAAUGCCCAAUUGUGGGGCUAAAUCAAGAGGAAAAGGGGAGAUACAGAGGAAGGGAGAGAGAGAGAGAGACCUGCAGCACUGCUCCACCACUUGUGAAACUUCCCUCCUGCAGGUGUUCAGCUCCCGGCAGGCACUGAAUGGCCAUGCCCGCAUCCAUGGUGGCACCAACCAGGUGUCCAAAGCUCGGGGUGCUGUCUCCUCUGGGAAGCAGAAGCCUGGUAGCACCCAAAGUGGGUACUGCUCCGUGAAGAGUUCACCCUCUCAUAGCACUACCAGCGGCGAGACAGACCCUACCACCAUCUUCCCCUGCAAGGAGUGUGGCAAAGUCUUCUUCAAGAUCAAGAGCCGGAAUGCUCACAUGAAGACUCACAGGCAGCAGGAGGAGCAGCAAAGGCAGAAGGCUCAGAAGGCAGCCUUUGCAGCAGAAAUGGCAGCCACCAUCGAGAGGACUACGGGGCCAGUGGGCGCACCGGGGCUGCUGCCUCUAGACCAGUUGAGUCUGAUCAAGCCCAUCAAGGAUGAUAUCCUUGAUGUUGACGUCCAGCAGUUAGGUGUCAUGGAAGAGGCUGAGGUCGUGGACACUGAUCUCCUUUUGGAUGAUCAAGAUUCAGUCCUUCUUCAUGGUGACACAGAACUAUGAAGCACUGUUUGUCACUUAGAGACCUCAGUAACCCACAGCCUCCAUCUUCAUGAAUCAGGAAACCUGGACUGACUGCUCAUUUCAUAACCAUUUUAAACUACCUGUUUGAGAAGUGGUCAUCUGAUUCAGGUUUAGGGGAAAAAAAUCCAGUUUCUCUUCCUUUUAUUUAAAAUAAAGUUUUGUGGGAGGUUGCGGGGUGGGGGGUGAAGAUAAAUAAUUGGCACAAUUCUAUUUAAAGAGGUGUUUCAUCUAGAUUACAUCCCUGUGUAUUCAUUCCCAGCAGGGAAUUAACCUGGACUUCGUAUUCUUUCAUUUUUAGAUGUUGACCAUCCUGGUUGCAUUUUAUCCCAAAGCUUGCUGAGAGAGACAGGGAGAGAGAGAGAGAGAAAGGAGAGGAGAGGAGAGGAGAGGAGAGGAGAGGAGAGGAGAGGAGAGGAGAGGAGAGGAGAGGAGAGGAGAGGAGAGGAGAGGAUGUGUAGCAGGCUGGCCUCUUCAUACCAGGGCCUUGGACCACCGUUCCCCAAGCAGAGUUGCUUUUCAUUCUGUUCUGACCUCAUUCUGCACUUUGCAGUGAACAUGGCACCAUUGCCAUGAGACUGUGUGCCAGGGGUAUAGCUUUCCAGAGAGCAAGGCAAGCCCUCAUGCCCCAUGGCUUUCCUCUAGUAAACAUGGCAUUUGAAGAGUUGACCAAAUGUGAAAAUAAACUAUCUCCCUGCCUUGCCUGUCACUCACUGGCCUGGUUUUAGGAAAUGAGUACUGUAUACUUUCAGGUUUUCACCCUCUGGCGCUUAUUUACUAAGGACCUGGUUCAGAGAGCAAAUAGGGCCUCUUCCAUGUUCCCUGGGAGCCACUUUGCUCCCAUUCAACAGAGUCACGUUUCGGGGUGAGCCAACUCGAGACCUAUGUGGAGGACAAUUAUCCACGCUGUGAAGGUGCCAGGACUGUUUGACUUAGGAAAAAUGAUUGAAGGGCACAUUAUAAAGUACCUGAAAUAGCCAAGAAGUGUUCUUUUGUCCAAAAAUUAGAUUGAAUGAGCCUUUUUUUUUUCUUUGUUACUCUUAACUGGUCAGUAGAGUUCUGAAAUGACUGUGCAACUUGGAAUUACUGUGAAACCUCAUUCGCUGGGAUUUUGCUGUAACUCACCUGUGCUGUACUGAAGUUUACACUGACACCCAACCAUGAGUAAAAUGGUUGUCUAACAAAUCUGAUAGCAGCUACAAGGGAACUAGCAUUAAAGACCAAGAAAACCAGUUCUCGGUUCUCAGCUACCACUUUGACUACAAUGUUUGUACUCAAAAGAUGAGUAUAUUCAUCAAAGUCAUUUACCAAAGCACUUCUAGGCAUUUCAAAGGGCUUCAGGUAGCUCUGUCACUUCCUGUCCACUGUCAACAGAGUUACUGUUGCUACCUGAAGGUAAUAAACCUGUAACCCUUCAAAAAUGGCAUUGAGCUCCGACUUUUGAAUGGAGCCAGGCUGACCCAUCCCACUGUUAGUGCAGCCUGCAGGAGUGAAAGCAGCGCCAGCAAAGAGGACUCCUUGGGGAGGGGGGGUUCUCCUUUAAUUAAGUUGGUGUGGCCUUUUCCACAGGAAGCUUUUAGAUCUUGUCCUAUCUCAAGUAAGUUUAUUCCUUAGCACCACAUAAGUGUGGAGAUUACACUGACCUCUUUGCUAGUAUGGUAAUAGCUUAAGAAUGAUUAAUAGGAUCCAGCAUCUUUUAAGUUUGACUCUGCAAAGAAAAAAUAUAUUUGGCACACACUUCUGGCCCACAGUUACCCCACACAGACAGUAUUCUCUGAAUCUCAGGAAAGCCAUGGACAGAAGAUAAAUAAAUACAAGUGUUCUUUUCAUUAUCAUCAUCCUGUUUUCAGAAGAGGUCUUGGAAGUUUCCUUUAUCUUUUCCUUGUGGGAGUGGGGGGCUGUUUUAUUUGUUGCCAUUUCAGACAGGUUGUUCUAUCCUAUGUAUUGAAUUAAGAACUGCCUAGGCAGUGCAUCAACUUUGGGACAGAACUAUUCCAGAACAUUCCAACUGACCACUUCUGUUCAAGUGACUACUUUUCUCUGCUUGUGGUUGUCUGAGUGUGAUUCUGGAAUAUUUCUGCUACUGGGUCUAUGAGAGCUUAUCUAUCAAAGGAGCAAACACCCAGGAAAAAAAAAUAUUUUUAAAGCAAAUGUACUCUCUGAGUUUGAAGACUUGUUCAGCCAUUCCGAUUUUAAACAUUAGAAAUAAACUGAGUUGCCAAGGCAAAAUUACAAUGCACAAUUUAAUGAUUUUUCAUGCAGUAUAGUAUAAGCAUUUUUGACUUGAAAUAACCAAAGAACUCCUCCUUAAUGAGACAGUUCAAAUUCCUGAAUUAGUAUUUCUUGACAAUAUCAACUUAAAGAAUUGACUUCAUAGUAAAAUAUUGCACUUACAUUUUUUUUUCUGAAACGAUUCUGCCUGCAUGUAUGUGUUGUGUUCAAGCCUCCUCGCCUCCCCACCCCCCAAAAGAAACUUUCUUUUCUUUAAUGGGUAAUGUAUCCAACACAGUUACUGUUUACUAUCAGAUGGUUUUUUCAUUAGUAAAUUUAGACCUCUUUGAGAAAGCUUGUAUAUAAAAAGUUAACAGAUAUAUUUUAUGGAAAAACCCAUCUUAUUUUCAAAUAUAUUUAACUGCUGUUAUAUUUUAUUAGAGGAAGGUUGUAAAUAUUUUCUAGGAGUUCUAUUGUAAAGAAAAGUAUUUUUGAAAAAAAUUAAUGUAAUAAAAACGAAAACAUUUUUAAAUAGUGGUUGUGAUUGCUUCCUGUUUUGGCUUCAUUAUGCUCUGUUCUAAGCAAAUGACUUGCAUGCCUUCCCAUUUCAGGAUGUGAUUUAUUCAGGUUUGCACUAUUAUAAGUUGACAUCAUAAUAUCUAGUGUACUUAACUGUAUUUUCCCUGGAAUGCAGGUUCCUUGGUUCACAUCAAAAGCACUAUGUUUAGCAUAUCCACAAAUUUUCUUUUGUAAUGUGUGUAUUUUUAAUAAGGAUUUUAUGUAACACUUUGGCAAAAAAAAAAAAAAAAAAGGACAGUAUUUUCUAGUAAAUUUUAUAAUACAUUUUACUAAAAAUGUUUCUUCCAAGGCCAGUUUUUGUUAAGGUGAACCAAAAGUCUUAUUUUACCAGGGUUUAAAAAAAAAAAGGGGGUUGGAAGCUUGAAAGCAAAGUUAUAUUUAAACAUCUAUGUAACAAAUAAAUAAAGAUGUUUUAUAGAUGUGUCCUUAAAAAGGUGCAUUCCUUAAAAGCAAAAACAACUGGGUGUGCUAGGUUCCCCCCCAAGUGAUAAGCAUUUUUGUUUGUUUUUUUGUUUGUUUUGUGUGUUUGUGUGUGUUUUUCCUAAUUAUCACAAUGCUCUUUUCAAAAAGAGAGCCAGAAUUUUACUUGAAAGAUUCCAGUUAUUAGCCUCAGAAAUUUAUUAUGGCUCCUACAGAUAGGCAUUCUUCAACCAGAGAUGUAACCAAAUAAGACACUGUCAUAUUUAUUUGUGAAAACCUGAUUCAAUAUUGCAUCAGCUGCUCUGAAAAUAAAAUGUUUCUUUUUUGAGUUUCA